AUGGCAGCUCUUUUGGUGAAAAUGCACGAAACUGUGAAAGACUACAUCGACUCCAGUGAAAAUCAACCUCUAGUUACUGAGAUCGGCAGCAAACUUCUUCAGUUGUCUAGAGCCGUCAUCAAAAAGCACACAUUUGACGGUGAGAGAGCUUAUAAAUUUCAUUUAGCUCAACCAGCAAGGAUGUUAUUGAGGAGUUUCACGUACCGGCACAAAACUAUCCUGAGAAAAUUGAAGCGAAAAACACUAGCUUCAAGACCAUGGACUGUGUUUUCCUCCUGGAACUUGCCUUUGAAGGUAUUUGAUUGCUUCAAAGUUGUAGCUGUAACACCCGAGAAUGGUGGUUCGAUAGUAAAGAACACACGUGCUGUCCAAGAAAUUUAUAUUACUGAUAUGGGAAAGUUGAAAGGUCUAUUUCUCAGAGUGCCAAAUAAAGUUGCAAAAGGAUGCAUCAAUGAAAGUGAUAUCUUCAUGAAAAAAGAAAAGGAUGGAUCCUAUAGUCACGUUCUGGUAACUAAAGAUCAUCCAGUGAUAUUCAAAUAU